UAAUUCUCAAAUCGAAAAUCAAACCCUUGUAGAUUUUAAACCAUUUGAAUUUUCUGUAUCUCUCUCUUUCUCUCUCGUAAUCAUCUACGUCUACAUAUAAAACACUCAAAAUAUAUAUUUAAUGUUCACCAAUCUACGUUUGGUGAUGACUAUGAAAUUGUCGUAACAACCUAUCAGUGGACUUUUGAGUUUUGAAACGAUCUUCCACCGGAAAAAGACUAAAUCCUAGCUAGCCCUUGAUGGGACAUUGCUGUAGCAAAGACGCCGUCGCAGACUCGGCUGUCAAAGACGACGACAAUAACGCCGGAUCCACCGUCCCCAACAGACCGCGUACCCCAAAACCGCGUACACCGUCACCUGCCGUAGGCAACGGAACCAACGGGAGGUCUAGCACCAACACUCCGAGUCAUUCUUUCACCGGAAGUCCAUGGCACAGUACGUACCCCGCGGGGGUACCCCCGACGCCAUCACCGGCGAGGACGCCGAGGCGGAUGUUCAAGUGGCCUUUCCCACCUCCGUCUCCGGCAAAGCCGAUCAUGUCAGCGAUUAUGAAACGGCAGGGUAACGGAAAGGGAAAAGGGAACACGGCGGCGACGGGGACGAUACCGGAAGAUGAAGGCGGAGAGGGAGAACGAGCGUUGGAUAAGAGUUUCGGGUACCAGAGGAAUUUCGGGUCAAAGUAUGAGUUGGGGAAGGAGAUCGGAAGAGGGCAUUUCGGGCAUACUUGUUGGGCAAAGGGCAAAAAGGGAGCUCUCAAGAAUCAACCCGUUGCUGUAAAAAUCAUUUCAAAAGCUAAGAUGACAACAGCCAUAUCAAUUGAAGAUGUACGUAGGGAGGUAAAGUUAUUAAAGGGCUUAUCUGGACAUCAACACAUGGUCCAGUUCCAUGAUGCAUUUGAAGAUGAUCAGAACGUAUACAUAGUUAUGGAGCUGUGUGAAGGGGGAGAACUCCUUGACCGGAUUUUAUCCAGAGGUGGAAGAUAUACAGAAAAUGAUGCUAAAUCCAUAGUUGUACAAAUCCUAAGUGUAGCAUCCUUUUGUCAUCUUCAAGGUGUAGUGCAUCGUGACUUAAAGCCAGAGAACUUUCUAUUUAGCACAAGAGAGGAAGAUUCGGCAUUAAAGGUUAUAGACUUUGGUUUGUCUGAUUAUGCAAGACCAGAGCUACGGCUGAAUGAUAUUGUUGGAAGCGCGUAUUAUGUAGCACCAGAAGUGCUCCAUAGAUCAUACAAUGUAGAAGCUGAUAUUUGGAGUAUUGGUGUGAUAACAUAUAUUUUAUUAUGUGGAAGCCGACCUUUUUUUGCUAGAACUGAAUCUGGAAUCUUCCGAUCCGUUUUAAGAGCCGAUCCUAAUCUUAAUGACUCACCUUGGCCUUCUGUAACCCUAGAAGCCAAAGAUUUUGUCAAAAGACUUCUCAAUAAAGAUCAUAGAAAAAGAAUGACAGCCUCACAAGCCUUAACUCACCCGUGGCUAAGAGAUGAAAAUCGUGCAAUUCCUCUAGACAUUUUGAUUUAUAAAUUAGUGAAAACAUAUCUUCGGGCCUCGCCUUUAAAGCGCGCAGCACUUAAGGCUCUCUCGAAAGCUUUGACUGAAGAUGAGAUUGUUUACUUAAGGGCUCAGUUUGAGUUAUUGGAUCCGAAAGAUGGGUGUGUUUCUCUCGACAAUUUUAGAAUGGCUCUGGUGAAACAUUCGACUGCUGCCAUGAAAGAAUCGCGGGUACUUGAUAUCUUGGAUGCGAUGAAGCCACUUUCUUAUACCCGAAUGGGAUUUGAAGAGUUUUGUGCUGCUGCUAUUAGUCCACAUCAACUUGAAGCUCUUGAGAAUUGGGAGAUGAUUGCAAGUACAGCUUUCGACUAUUUUGAACUAGAAGGAAACCGUGUCAUUUCAGUAGAUGCAUUAGCACAGGAAAUGAAUGUGGGCCCAUCAGCACACGCGAUACUGAAAGAUUGGAUAAGAAAUACGGAUGGGAAACUUAACUUUCUUGGAUAUACCAAGCUUUUGCAUGGUUUGACUAUUCGUAGUUCAAACACAAGGCAUCAUUAAUAAUAAGAAAGAUGGAUUUAUUAAAUAGGUGAUUCUUGUUUGUUUAUUCUUAAUUUGUUUCUUCUGAUUGAUAUGCAUAAACAACAAAAAGGGCUGCAAUGGUUACAUGUAUCACACCCUUACAUGAUGGGGGAAAGAACGAUAAAAAGAUAGGGCAGAUAGAUAUAUAUGCCCAUGAGAUGACUGAUGGCAUGUUGGUAAUUUUUGUGUUUUUUUCAAAUUUGAUUUAUUGUGAAGUGGUGUUUAAAGAAAUUGUAAAGGUCAGCUUGUUAUUUUAUUUUAUUUUU